UGAGCCUGCGCAUUGACCUGCGUUCAGGAAAUGACACAGCCUAUGCUUACUAUGCCAACUUCAACAUUAGCUAUGAGGCUAAUCACUAUGCUAAAGAGCUGUCUGGAUACUCUGGCACUGCUGGAAAGAGAGGACAUGGAAAACAUGAUUUCAUGAGAUAUCAAAACGGUCAGCCAUUCUCCAUGAAAGACAAAGACCCAAAUACUCUUAGCAUACACUGUGCCAAGGCCUACAUCGGAGGCUGGUGGUAUAAAAAUUGCUACAAUGCAAAUCUCAACGGCCUCUAUGCUGCCUUCUCAGACAACAAGAUACAGCAUGAGCAAACUUAUUUAAACUUCUCAACUAAGUUUUGCACUACAAGGACUGAUUUCUGAGCCUUUUCCUCUUGUCUUUCAGGGUGUGGCGUGGAUAGACUGGAAGGGCAAAUUCGCAUCCAUCCCAUUCACUGAGAUAAAACUUCGGCCCUACUAUCUGAGUCAGUUGGCCCCAACAACCCAAGGUGAUAUAGUGUCAGGUGGAGGACAAUCAGUUUCUUUAAGUGAUUGCAGUGAGGAAUGGAAGGCUCACAGGCGUGAUCCAUAGUGCUAUUCAAUGCUGCACAACAUAUUCUCUGCACUCUGUCAUAGAGAAACAGGGACAUCAUCUCUGCCAGGUAGAGAACAGGGACAUAAAGGUGCACACGCACGCAUAUACUAUACAUCCAAAAUUCAAGUGGAUGACGACUUUACCCCACAGUCUAAAUUCCUGGCACAGCUGAACAGAAUACAAGCAUAAUGGUGCUUGUUGCCAAGAGUGAAAACAUCAAGUGGGUCGAGGAAUACCAGAACUGCAACCCUGAACAAGCUGAGAGGGAGAUGGCACAGACCACCUUGGGGCUCUCCACAAUGAGCCGGAAGACGUUUUAGGGAUGACUGAUAGUGUGGACUACUUAGCAACUUGUCGAGCAUUUCCUUUGGAUGCGUUCGGACUGAUUUAUACUCUCAACUUAAACUACCCUUGGAGUCUCAAUUUCAGAUUUUUCCAGAAGGUACUGAUGAACUUAAAUGAGCAGGACGUUCAUUGUACACUUCUUUGUUGGCUGCUACUCAUUGAAUCUGUGUUGAAGAUGUGGAUCUCCUCUGCAAAAACAUCUUUUUCAAACACAUCACCAAAUGUAAGAGGAGCAGAGGGAUGUUGCGAAGCUAAAGCAUUUGAUUCUAGCCGCUUUCACUGUAAAAUUGCACCUCAGGAAAGAUGUAUGCCUUCUAUUCUCUUCUGGUGUACAUCUUCUACACAGUCUUUAAAAAGGAAGAGGAGGCAGCACUCGAGGGGGCUUGCGGAGAAUCCCCAGAGGAACCCGGCCAUGUUUCCAUGGAAACAGAGAGCAGGGGGAAGGGUAGCCACACCCCCAAGUUGGGAAAAAGGGGAUGUGCAAGACUGAGUGAAUCAAGUAGCAGCAGUGAUAGUGAUGGUACGUCUCUCAGUGAUGAAGAUGAUGAUUUUGAUGAAGGUCAGGGGAUACCAGCCAAAACACCGUUAGCAGCUUUCUUGUCUUUCAAGCAAGAAGCAGAAAAGAAAAGAGCCUCUAAUACUCAAACAGAACCGAGUGAAAAGGUGACAGAGUCUCCACUGCUGUCUGUGAUGUCACACCUGCUGAGUUUCCUGGAACAAUAUUCCCACCUGCAACAGCUGCAGCAGCAGGCCAAUCAGUAUCGCCUGCAGUUGCGUAGACAUCGCGCCCAGCACCGCCAGAAAAUGAAAGCCCUGCGUGCAUCGUACCGCCAGCGCCUCAGAGACAAGAACAGUGUCAUUAAUAACCUGGAGGAAGUGAUCGCUCAGCAGCAGAGUCCAUCACCUGCAAAUGAUAGUGAGUGCAUGCUUGCUUCAGCCUCUCCUGCAGGGCUGCAUAAGUUGGUGCAGUCUCUAUGCGGGCUGCAGGGAGAGAGGAGUCAGCUGAGAGGAGAACUUCGAUCGCUUCAUUCCCAGCUUGAACAGAGAGAAAGGGACCGGCACACUAAAGUACAGGCCUUUCAGCAGCAGAUUGAGGAGCUGAAGAGCUGUAUUGAGGAAAGAGAAGAGGAGCUGUCCAAGCUCAGAAUUGAAUCUGGAGCUACAGACUCAGAAAAACGAGUGCUCUGCUUAUCAGCGGAGAAUGAGAGUUUGAAACACAGCCUUACAGUGACACAGGGUCUUCUACAACAGCUUUCAGUCAUCCCAUCCCAGUCCAGUUCUGUCCUCAUUAAGGAAAAUGAGAACCUGCGUAGUCGUGUUUUGCAGCUGGAGAGCUCUCUUCAGCAGCGUGUAGAGCAGCUGUCCCGUUUGGAGUACCAGCAGGAGCAGAGUGAAUGGAGGAGGGCAGAAGAGCAGAGGAGACGAGAGGACAGCGUGAGAGAGCUGCAGCUAGAACUGGACAAAGAACGCAACAAGGCCCCUGUGGUUAAAUAUGUCACUCAAACUGUGGAGGUAGAGUCACCUUCUACUAUACAACAACUAGCUGAAGCCAGGCAACAGAAUGAACAGCUAUCUGAGAAGCUAACCAAUCAGAGAGACAGAUGCCGACAGCUGGAGGAGAACAUCAGACACUCAGAUGAAGUCAGCUGCAAUUUGCAACACAAGAUUGCUGCAUAUGAGAGAGAGAUCGGGACCCUGAGGGAAGAGCUCCUGAAGGAGAUUGGGCAUCUUGAGGAAAAGAAAGAGGCGGCUGUAAAAGCGGCAGCAAACUGCUCUGAGGAACAUCUCCAGAGCUUGCAGGAGCAGUUCACAACCCUACAGAGGCGUCUAAGUGCACUCCCUCCCAGCUUACGCUCCAUGAAAACCGACUACACCAGCCUUCGCAGUCAGGUCCGCAACUUCUCUGACUUCUAUGGAACAGCUAUCAAAGAUGCCAAAAAACAGAUUAUGGCAGCUAUCAAUGAGAUGUCAGAGGCCAACAAAGACCUUCUGGAAAAAUACAGAAAAGAGGUAGCUCUCCGCAGGAAGUACCACGAGCAGCUGGUUGAACUGAAAGGCAAUAUACGUGUGCUGUGCCGUGUAAAGCCAGUGCUGAAGGAAGAUAAGCAUGAGGAAGGCCAAGCAGCAGUUGUGACAACAGACCCCAAUAACGAAUCUGCACUCACAGUUUUAAGCAAGGGAAAGGCCAAAACCUUUGAGCUGGAUAAAGUCUUUCACACUCAGGCCACUCAAGAAGAGGUGUUCCAGGAAAUCGAGCCACUCAUCACAUCCUGUAUAGAUGGCUAUCAUGUCUGCAUUUUUGCUUAUGGCCAGACAGGAUCUGGCAAAACCUAUACUAUGGAGGGUACUACUGAGAACCCUGGCAUCAACCAACGAGCCCUGAAACACCUGUUCAAUGAGAUUGAGGAAAGAAAAGACAUGUGGACUUACUCUGUCAGUGUCAGUUCAGUGGAAAUUUACAACGAGGUCCUGAGAGAUCUGCUCAGUAAGGAUGGAGAGAAGCUUGACAUCAAGAUCAACCCUGAUGGGACAGGUCAGCUACAUGUGCCAGGACUCAAGGUCAUGGAGGUCAAAAGCUUCCAGCAUAUCAAGAAAAUUUUGGCCAUAGCUCGAAAGAACAGGAUUACGUUUGGAACGCAGAUGAACCAGCAUAGCUCUCGUUCACAUGCCUUGCUCACUGUUACUGUGCUGGGCACAGACCUUGCCAGUGGAGCCAAAACCACCGGCAAGCUGAAUCUGGUGGAUCUGGCUGGUUCUGAGAGAGUAUGGAAGUCAGGUGCAGAGGGAGAGAGACUGAAGGAAGCCCAGAAUAUCAACCGCUCAUUGCUAGCUCUGGGAGAUGUGAUCCAGGCACUGAAGGCCCACCAAACUCACAUACCCUUCAGGAACUCACGACUAACUUACCUGCUGCAAGACUCACUGGGAAAAGGCAACAAAACCGCCAUGGUUGUGCAGGUUUCUUCUCUUGAGAGUAAUGUUGGAGAGACGCUGUGCUCACUAAAGUUUGCCCAGCGAGUGUGCAAGGUGGAGCUGGGCCCUGCAGCACGAAAGAUUGAGACAUGAGGACAUAAUGAAAACAAAAGUUAAGGCAAACCAUCAGUCCUCUUCCCUGGUCUACAAUAACCACAGGACCAGAAAACAAAUCAACUCAGCACUUGGCGGAGGCUUCCAAUCCUAUUCAAGGGCUACAGCUCUGGAAGCUUCAAUGAUGCCACAUUAUUCUUAGCAAUGAGAGAACAAAUGUAGCAUCACUCAAGAGGUCCAGCUUCUUCCAACUACACAGCAAUGAGCUCAUCUCCACCAGCUGAUCUGCUUGACAAAGUCUCACCAACAUCCCAGCACAACCAGUAUCUCCUUCAUCGUAAGUUUAAGAAUGACAGAAAAUGCUCUGCAGGGAAGAUUAAGGAAAUUUUCAUGAAUCUUGCAUAAACACAGUUGUGAAGCAAUCCUUUUUUGGUGUCUACACAAGUGAGUACAGUGUCUUUACUCAUAAUGUGCAACUCUCGUUUCUAUUGUUAUUUACUCAAAAACCAUUGAAAUUAUUUUUUAUAAUUUGAAUAUAUAGUACAUGAAUUAAUGGCCAAAAAGCUGUUUGUUUGAACUUCGAUAAUUAUAUACAGUGCAUUCAGAAAGUAUUCAGACCCCUUAAGCUAAAAUGCUUUAAAUUAUUUUUUAUUUUUUUCACAUCAGUCUACACUCCAUACCACAUAAUGACAAAGCAAUAAUAUUAUUUAUUAAGAUAUCACAUUGACAUAAGUAUUCAGACCCUUUGCUAUGACACUUGAAAUUUAGCUCAGGUGCAUCCCAUUUCUCUGGAUCAUCUUUGGGAUAUUUCUACACUUUGAUUCGUGUCCACCUGUGGCAAAUUCAAUUGAUUGGACAUGAUUUUGAAAGGCACACAAGUCAAGUGGCUUUAUUGCCAUUUCAACCAUUUACAGCAGGUACAGUACACAGAAAAAUGAAACCAUGUUCCUCCAGGUCCAUGGUGCUACAUAAAAACUACAUAAGACUACACAGAACUAAAUACUACACAGUUCUACACAGGACUACAUAAAGUGCACAUGUGCAAACAGCGCAAGACAAUAAUUACUAAAACAGGACAAUAAGUACAGCAAAGGACAGUGCUGCACCGACCAGUACACAGUUCUGGUGUGGAAUAAACUGUAAAAAGAUAUUAAAAUAUAAUAAUAAAUGCUGUAAAAUGUAAACAUAACACACUAGUUAGCAGCAAAAAAAUGCAGAUUGUCAAUACAGUAUUUGUUUACGGAGUUUUAACAACAUUUUAAGAAAGAAAUGUGCAAAAAUUGCAAAGGGAGUGGAAUGGUGUUCAACUGAGUAUGAAUGUGUGUGUGUGUGUGCCUGUAUGUGGUUUGGUGCUGGUCCAGUCUCUUGGUAUUGAGGAGUCUGAUGGCUUGGGGGAAGAAAUUAUUACACAGUCUGACCAUGAGGGCCCGAAUGCUUCGGUACCUUUUGCCAGACGGCAGGAGGGUGAAGAGUUUGUGUGAGGGGUGCGUGGGGUCAUCCACAAUGCUUGUGGCUUUGCGAAUGCAGCGUGUGGUGUAAAUUUCUGUAAUGGAGGGAAGAGAGACCCCGAUGAUCUUCUCAGCUGUCCUCACAAUCAGCUGCAGGGUCUUGUGAUCCGAGACGGUGCCCAGACCAGGUAAUGAUGCAGCUGCUCAAGAUGCUCUUGAUAGUCCCUCUAUAGAAUGUGGUGAGGGGUAGAUGGGCUUUUCUCAGCCUUCGCAGAAAGUAAAGACGCUACUGGACUUUCUUGGCUAUGGAGCUGGUGUUGAGGGACCUCUCUAUAUAAGGUCUCACAGCUGAAAAUGAAUAUCAGAGCAAAAACCAAGCCAUGAGGUCAAAGGAACUGCCUGCAGAGCUCAGAGACAGGUUUGUGUUGAGAGACAGAUCUGGGGAGGGCUACAAUAAAUUUUCGGCUGCAUUGAAGGUUUGAAAUAAAACUGAAGUGGAUCCUCACACUAUUUAAUUAUUCCCUUUUAUUAAUUUAAAAAUCACAGCAACGUUUCAAUCAGAAUGAUCUUCACCAGGCACACAUCAAUUUAAGUACUUUUGUUACAACCAAACACUUCUUUAUGUUCACAGGUUAAUAAUCAGGGUCAGUUCUCUCAUGAUCAAUCAAUCUAAUUUAAUGAGAACAAUUAAUUAGUUCAAACGUCAGCAAAACAUACACCAGUCUCCCACAAAUACAAACAAUUCACAAACAUCAGUGAAUCACAUGAUUAUAAAUGUCACAAUUUAAGCAAAAUCAUUUAAAACAGCAAAUAUUAGACACAGGUCAAAGUCAAACAAAUACAAACACCGAUACAAAGGUAAACGUUAUCCAAAAAGUCAAUAAGUCACAAGAAUGGAUGGAUAUCAAAAUCAAAGUUAAGACCCUUAGGAUACAAAGUGUUAAGUUACUCAAAUUGCGCUGCUUUGUCGGCACAAAACACAACAUUAGAGAUCUUUUAUGUUAUUAUGAGAAGUGUACAAAUAUUUUCGGUUCAUUAUGAAACUGUGGCAGGCCACCACAGUCUAGGUGAUUAAUGGGAAACACUGCUCCAUAAUUCUUCAAUGGAAGAAGUUUGGAACAACCAGGCCUCUUCCUAUAGCUGGCCACUUGGCCAAACUGAGCAAUCGGGGGAGAAGGGCCUUGGUAAGAGAGGUGACCAAGAACCUGAUGGCCAUUCUGGUUGAGCUCCAGAGAUCAUGUGUGGAAAUGGGAGAAACUUGCAGAAGGACAACCAUCACUGCAACACUCCACCGAUCUCGGCUUUAUGGCAGAGUGGCCAGACGGGAGCCUCUCCUCAAUGCAAGACACAAAAAAGCACCUAAAGGAAUCUCAGACUGUGAGAAACAAGAUUCUCUGGUCUGUUCCAAGUGUCAUGUCUGGAGGAAACCAGGCACCGCUCAUCACCUACACAAUACCAUCCCAACUGUGAAGCAUGGUGUCUGUAGCAUCAAGAUGUGGGGGUGUUUUUCAGCGGCGGGGAUUGAUCAGAGUUAAAGGAAAGUUGAACGCAGCAAAACACAGCGAUAUCCAUAAUGAAAACUUGGUCCAGAGUGCUCAGGACCUCAGACUGGGCCGAAGGUUCACCUACCAACAGGACAAUGACCCUAAGCACAGAGCCAAGACAACACAAGAGUGGCUUAGGGACAACUCUGAGAAUGUCCUUGAGUGGCCCAGCCAGAGCCCGGACUUGAAGCCAAUCGAACAUCUCUGGAGAGACCAGAAAAUGGCUGUCCACUGACGGUCCCCAUCCAACCUGACAGAGCUUGAGAGGAGCUGCAGAGAAUAAUGGCUGAAAAUCUCCUAAUCCAGGUGUGCAGAGCUUGUCGCAUCAUACCCAAAAAGACUUGAGGCCGUAAUUGCUGGCAAAGGUGCUUCAACUAAGUACUGAGUUAAGGGUCUGAAUACUUAUGCCAGUGUGAUAUUUCAGUUGUCUUUUUAUUACAUUUGCAAAGUUAUCAAAAAUCUGUUUUUUUCUUUGUCAUUAUGGGGUAUGGAGUUUAGAUUGAUGUGAAAAAAAAAAUGAUUUAAGCCAUUUUAGCACAAGGCUGCAACAUAACAAAAUGUGAAAAAAUAAAGGGGUCUGAAUGCACUGUAUGUGUAGCCCUGGAACUAGCCAAUUUGUCCUUAAUCAUGUGCUAGGUGUAGAGGACAUGUGGAAAACAUUGAGUUCAAAUCCAACUAUAUGAGAUCAGCAUUUGCGAGUUUGCUUGAACCCAGGCUUUUAAUGCAAUAGCACCUCUUAGUGGGUGAAUCUAAUUUUUCUUUUUUUUGGCCCAAGAAAGUUACUGUGCUGGACACUGUUUCACAUUAUUGUGAAUUUACAACCAAUAGCUAGUAAGACAACACUAUAAUAUCAAUAUAUUUAAAAUGCAUUAAAUUGAAUGAUAUAGAG